ACUGCGCUUUGUGAAUGGUCCGGCAGUCUUCUGGGACCUGUCCGCAGUCUCUUGUCAUCUCCUGUACUAUGUCUGCAGUCUCUGGUCAUCCCCUGUACUGUGUCCACAGUCUCUGGUCAUCCCCUGUACCAUGUCCGCAGACUCUGGUCAUCUCCUGUACUGUGUCCACAGUCUCUGGUCAUCUCCUGUACCGUGUCCACAGUCUCUGGUCAUCUGUACCAUGUCCGCAGUCUCUGGUCAUCUCCUGUACCGUAUUCGCAGUCUCUGGUCAUCCCCUUGUACCGUAUUCACAAUCUCUGGUCAUCUCAUGUACCAUGUCCGCAAUCUCUGGUCAUCCCCUGUACCAUGUCCGCAGUCUCUGAUCAUCUCCUGUACCGUGUCCGCAGUCUCUGGUCAUCUCCUGUACCGUGUCCGCAGUCUCUGGUCAUCCCUUGUACCGUUUCCGCAGUCUCUGGUCAUCUCCUGUACCGUUUCCGCAGUCUUUGGCCAUCUCCUUUACCAUGUCCGCAGUCUCUGGUCAUACCCUGUACCAUGUCCACAGUUUCUGAUCAUCUCCUGUACCGUGUCCGCAAUCUCUUGUCAUCUCUU